ACAAGAAAAGAAUACUGGAAUAGGACAGAAACAAGAAGAAUAUGUCAUGGUUUCUCAGUGUGUCUUCCAAGGUCUAACUCUAAGCCAUCAAAACAAAAUCUAUUCUGAAACCACAAGCAGCUGCUGUCGGGUGGGUGGGUCAUAACCCUCACCCGUAGCUCAUACCCGAGAACCCACCGCCAUGCGUCUCGUUGUACCUCUCCAAGGUGUUGCCCAAGGAAGAGGAGGCCUACUCCUCGGCUCUGUGAUCCCAUGCGCCCUCUUUUGCUUCCUCCAACUCUACUUCAAACGACGUCGUUCUCCCUCCGACCCUCCUCCUCCUUCCACUUCCUCAUCCAACCAGCCGGGGAUGACUAGACAUUCUUCACUCUCCAAUUUGCUUUCACGCGGACCGCUUCGGAUAUCAUCCCUCGCCACUUCCAUUGCUAAACCCGACGACUCCCCUUAUUAUAUGGGGUUGGAUAAGGCCUCGGAGGAUCCCUACAACAGAAUUGCUAACCCUGAUGGGGUUAUCCAGCUCGGCUUGUCCGAGAAUAGGUUGUGUUUUGAUUUAAUUGAGAAAUGGACGUCGGAGAACUUGAGGGAUUGGGUAAUGGGAAGAGAAGGGGGCGAUUUGAGCAUUAGCGGGAUUGCCACUUACCAGCCUUAUGAUGGUACAAUGAAACUCAAAAUGGCUAUGGCAGGUUUUAUGUCUCGUGUUAUAGGAAGAGAUGUGUCAUAUGAACCAUCGCAGAUGGUUUUAACUUCUGGUGUGACUCCUGCAAUUGAGACGUUAUGCUUCUGCUUGGCAGAUCAUGGGAAUGCGUUUCUUGUUCCCACACCUUACUAUCCUAGCUUUGACAGGGACAUGAAAUGGAGAACAGGAGUGGAGCUAAUACCAGUUCAUUGUCGGAGCAAAGACGAUUUCGUGUUAAGUAUCAGUGCGCUUGAUCAAGCAUUCAAUCAAACAAGAAAGCGAGAAACAAAAAUUCGGGGAAUUCUCCUUUCAAACCCCGCAAAUCCUGUUGGCAAUCUACUUUCUCGGGAGAUGCUUGAAGCUCUUUUGAAGUUUGCCGAAGAAAAGAACAUCCAUAUCAUAUCAGAUGAAAUCUUUGCAGGGUCUAUUUACGAGGAGAAAGAGUUUGUCAGCAUUGCUGAAGUUGUUGGUUCUGAGGAUGUUGAUAAGAACCGGGUUCAUAUUGUUUAUGGGCUAUCAAAGGACCUCUUUCUUCCGGGAGUUAGGGUUGGAAUGAUCUAUUCUUUUAAUGAGAACGUUUUGGCUGCUGCUAGAAAGUUAACUAGGUUUUCUUCUGUUUCUGCUCCGACCCAAAGACUACUAGUUUCAAUGCUUUCAGAUACAAGAUUCAUUGUGGAAUAUAUUCAGACCAAUAAAAAGAGGAUACAGGAUAUGCGUGAUCUAUUUGUGGCUGGUCUGGAAGAAUUAGGUAUUAAAUGUACAGAUAGCAGAAGUAGCUUGUAUUGUUGGGCUGAUAUGAGAAAUUUAAUCCCCACUUAUGGUGAGAAAGGGGAACUUGAGCUAUGGGAAAAGCUAUUAAAUGUGGGUAAGAUUAAUUUAACACCUGGUUCAGCUUGCCACUGCAUAGAACCAGGAUGGUUCCGGUGUUGUUUCACAACCUUAGAUAAGGAGGAUGUUCAUGUAGUCAUGGAACGGAUUCGAAAAGUCGUUGGUAGUCGUACAUCAUGCGGUUGAAAUUUCAUUCUGUCAUGCUCAGAUGGACAGUUUCUAAGUUGGAUUUUGAACAUGGAACAGCAGCUUAAUUAAGACGUUACAUUGGAGGCUUGUAAAAUCAUUUGGAAUGAUUUUCAGGGUACUCUCUUCUUGGCCUGGUUCUACAAGGAUUUUGGUCUUGGUUGGGGAACUACUUCAUUUACAUUGCAAUCCUUGAAUCAAAUUUAUGGUUGUUCCAAAGGCAAAGAUACAGUAGCAUCAAGGAGGUCUUUCCUUGAGAAAUUCCUAUCACACAUUCAGCCAGGCAGAGAGUGGAUGGAAUAGCAUGGUAGAUAGGUGAUAAUGUUGGUUUUUUUUUUUUGGACAAAAGAAAUAGAAAGAAGAUUAUUUGAAAAUUACGUAAGGAAGAGGAGUUGGAGGAUGAAUUUUGUCUACUGAAAAUAAUUUCUGUAAAAUGAUUUAAUUUUUUGGAAAAGCAAAUAUUUUUUGGUGUUUGAAUGAA